CAGAAGCAAUGAUUGGGUUGUUUAAAGUAAAGGAAAAGCAAAGAGAACAAGCUCAGAAUGCUAGCAGAGGAGGUGGAGCUUCUGUUAAGAAGCAAUCUGCUGGUGAACUUCGUCUUCACAAAGAUAUAUCAGAGUUGAACCUUCCGAGCUCGUGUACGAUAACUUUCCCUAAUGGCAAAGAUGAUUUGAUGAACUUUGAAGUCUCCAUUAAACCUGAUGAUGGUUACUACCAUAAUGGUACAUUUGUUUUCACGUUCCAAGUGUCUCCUGUGUAUCCACAUGAAGCUCCUAAAGUUAAAUGCAAAACCAAGGUUUAUCAUCCCAAUAUUGAUUUGGAAGGAAACGUCUGCCUCAACAUCUUGCGUGAAGACUGGAAACCAGUUCUUAACAUCAACACUGUUAUCUAUGGACUCUUCCAUCUUUUCACUGAACCAAACUCUGAAGAUCCACUGAACCAUGAUGCAGCACAAGUUUUAAGGGAUAACCCUAAGCUGUUUGAGACCAAUGUCCGUAGGGCCAUGACUGGUGGGUAUGUUGGUCAGACCUUUUUCCCGCGCUGUAUCUAACAAAAGCUCUGGUUCGUCUUCUUCUUCAAGCAAAAAAAGAGAGAAGAACCAAAACCCUUUUAUCCGCCAUUGUAUUUCUCGAAGAAACCCUUGUUUAUUGCAAGACUACGUUCUACUUUCCCUUAGCUCGUGUGAGUUCGACAAAGGAGACUGAAAAGGAACUGAGAACUUAAAAAUGUGGAUUGUGUAACAUGCUUGAUCUUUGUCUUUUAUUUAUGGUUCUCCUCGAAA